CUCCCUGGAAUUUUGUGAGAUACUAAGUUGCUUUAUGGGAAAAGGCUGCGCCAAUUUAGUCUGGAAUUGCCCUACUUUAGACUUUUUCUGGUUAUCAAUCUGUACAAAGAAUCACCAAACUGAUACAGCGUGGACCAAACUGAUAAAUCAGACUGCCGAGACAAUUGUGUAAUUCGAUCGAAAAAGAAACGGACAACCUCUCAAGCACAUCGGGUAUUUGACAAAGGAUUUUACGACACAGUGAGAGAUAGGAUAAUGUAUAUAAAAAUAUGCAAGAAUCACAGGAAACUCACAUAUCCAACCACCUGGAUGAAAUUGUUGCUGCCGUCAGCAUAACACCUAGAAAAAUGCUCCAAAACAAGCUGCCUCAGACAGCACUCUUUCAGCCUCCUAGAGAGAAACUCCACCUCUGUGAAGAGAAAGCAAAGUCCUAUUCUAGCAGUCAUGAGUAUAAACAGGCUCUCCAGGAGCUUGUGCGCUGUGUGGCGCUGACGAGGAUCUGCUAUGGUGACUCACACUGGAAACUGGCCAAGGCGCAUGUUAACCUGGCUCAGGGCUACCUCCAGCUGAAAGGACUGUCACUGCAAGCAAAACAACAUGCGGAAAAAGCCAAAGAAAUCCUCACCAACUCCAUUGUGCAUCCCUACAAUGACAAUACAGAUGUUUUCAAGUGUUCGGUUGAGUUAUUCCAUACCAUGGGGAGAGCCUUACUCUCCCUUCAAAAGUUUAAGGAAGCUUCAGAGAAUUUGACAAAAGCAGAGAGACUUUCAAAGGAGCUGCUGCAAUGUGGAAGGAUUACAAAGGAAGAAUGGACAGAAAUUCAAACGCAGAUCAAAUUGUCAUUUGCACAGGUAUAUCAAGGUCAGAAGAAAUCAGAAGAAGCUCUGCCCCACUACCAAGAGGCUUUAGAAUAUAUUGAGAUCAGUAAAGGUGAAAAAAGUCUUGAGUGCGUGCCAACAUUGAGGGAAUUGGCAGGUGUAGAACAAGCCCUGGGAUUUCACGACGCAUCCAUCAACCACCUUUUACAGGCGCAUCUCAUCGUCCUGAGCAGAAUCCCCUCUCAAGAGGAGGCAGCCGUGUCCGCACACUCCAUCGCCUGUGCUGCUGUCGCUUCUGGGAGGCCUGAGCACCAUGAUGUGGCUGAGCAGUAUUUUCAAGAUAGCAUGGCUAAUCUUAAGGAUGCUGACGGGAUAGGAAAAGCCAAAUUUCUUUCAAUUCAAGAUGAUUAUUGCCAUUUUCUACAAGUCACUGGACAAAAAGAGAGAGCUACCUCCAUCCUGAGAGAGUCUCUGGAGGCCAAAGUGGCAGUGUAUGGUGAUCUCAGUCCCGAGGUGGCAGAGACAUACCGGCUCCUGGGCGGGGCUGACCUGGCACAGGGGAACCAGAGCGGGGCCCACAAGAAACUGAAGAAGUGUCUUCAGAUCCAGACCCUCUUAUAUGGACCACAGGACAAGAGGACUCUGGCCACCCAGCAGACCAUGGAUGUCCUGUCCAAGGCCCCCGAGAAGGCCGUGAAGCCUCGGCAGCCCCCAAGAGCCAAGGCAGCCUUCCGCACUGGCGGGCCGCAGCAUACUGCGCUGGGGAAGGCCAGGCCCAACGCAGCCGACUGA